ACAGGAAGUGUUGCUCGGUUAGCUUAGCGGCGACCCUACGCAUGUAAAAAGAGAACAGGGUGCGACUUCUGUAAGCUUGAGUUUAUUUGUUUUAAACAAAACGUUCCUUCUGUUGAAGACGGUGGCUGGCAGUGCUGAAGUUGUGAAACCAUUGGUCAGUGAUAAUUUCCCUAUUGUCGGCCGGGUUAUGAAGGAUUAGCUGUGUCAUAAGGAGGCUUUGUUGUUGUUGACUAAAGCUAGCGGUACAGAAGUUGAGCUAACACAUCUCUUUGCUCUUUCAUUUUUCCCGCUACACACUACAAGAGCAUGCAAAAGGAGAAUGACCAAGUUGGAGGAGACGAGGAGUCGAAGGAGGAGAGGACGCAGCAUGCUACUGAGGGGACAGUGAGCAAGAGGAUCCGGGAAAAUACUCCGAGCCCACAAAGAGGGAACACUCCCCAAGCCAGCCCCCCCAAGUUUGUGUCUGUGGAGGAGCUGAUGGAGACGGCCAAAGGAGUCUCCAACAUGGUUCUGGCCCAUGAAAUAAUUGUCAACAGUGAUUUCCAAGUCAAACCUGCAGCACCUCCUGAGGGGAGUUUGGAGCACAAAGUGAAAGAGAUAAUGCACAAAGCAUUCUGGGAGUGUUUGGAAGCUCAGUUGACGGACGAGCCACAGACGUACGGACAUUUAAUCAAACUGCUGGCGGAGAUCAAAGAGACUUUACUCUCAUUCGUGAUGCCGUUGAACGUCCGUCUGCGCACCCAGAUCGAGGAGGUUUUGGAUCUGCCUCUAAUCCAGCAGCAGGCUGAGAAAGGAGCGGUGGACAUUGGUCAGCUGUCCCAGUUCAUUGUCAUGACGAUGGGCUCGCAGUGUGCCCCCUGCAGAGAUGAGGACAUCAGAAAGCUAAAGGAGAUCACAGAAAUUGUGCCUCUUCUCAAGGCAAUAUUCUCUGUGAUGGACCUGAUGAAGGUGGACAUGGCCAACUUUGCCCUGACCAGCCUCCGGCCUCAUCUGAUGCAGCAAUCUGUUGAGUACGAGAGGAGCAAGUUCCAGGAGUUUGUGGAGAAACAGCCCAAUGCCUUAGACUUCACUGAGAAGUGGCUUGAGGACACAGUGAGAAGCCUGAGAGAGACGGACGGUUCUACUGCUGCCUCCUCUGACCCCCCCGCCCCCCUCUCUGCUGUUAAUGUUCAUAAUAAAGCCUAUAUACGCCUGCUGAAGUGGGACCAUGCAUCAGACCCCUUCCCAGAGACAAUUUUGAUGGAUCAGGUCCGGUUCCAGGAGAUGUAUCUGGAGGCAGAGCGGCUAGUUCUGCUCUCCUCUGUGCUCCUCAUCAUCUACACCACCACCGGGGAGGCUAUCUCAGGCCUGCCAGGGCUGAUGGACACUCUCAAAAACACUGUCAGUGCCCUGCUGGCCGACAUGAACACACCGUCUUUCGAUGCAGAGGAGGCGUUGGCGACCAUCGGGGAGAGAAUGUGCGUGGAGCUGAGUAAGUGUCUGAGUCAGCAUGGCUACUCUCCAUAUGCUCCUGACCGGAGGAGCAUUCUGAAGGGACAGAUCUCUGCCACCAUCCUGCCCGGCAACACCAUCCGCAAGCUCAUGGAGUCUCGUGUUCAGAACUAUCUCCUGGCUUCCCUGGACUCCAAUCAACAUAACGCCCCCCCUCCUCUCCCAGGAGGCCUUGCUCCGGUCAGCAAGGAGGUGAAGGAGCUCGGUGUGCGCUUUAGUCGCCUCGUCAACUUCAACAAGCUGGUCUUCUCCCCAUUCUACCAAAAGAUUUUCAGUAAAGUCCUCACGUCAGAGGAGAGUCCCGGCGCAGAGACGUAGGGUGGAAGUGGAAAGCAUCGCAUAGUUUUUCACUUUCCCCUCCCUAGUUAAAGAUUUAGAGUAACAAGCUGAGGAGGCUAAUCUGCGUUCAGCCGGUAAAGCCAGCUCCCCCACACCUUAAGACAACAUAUAAAAUGCUGACUACCAUCUCUGUUGCAUUAACUAUCAAAUAACAAAUAUCAGGCCUUGUAACAAUCUUGCAUUAAGUUCAGUAUUAUCAAAAUGUGUUAUCCAAGCUAAUACAAAACCUGUGUUUUAGAAUUAAUACUAAAACAAUACUUAGUGUUAAAGUAGUAGAACAAAAAUCCAGUUUAAAUUCUGAGCCGUCCCAGAGCAGGAUCCUUAUUGGCCAACAGUUCUCGGAGUGAAACACACUAUAGUUCUGCGUUAAGGCCUAGAAAUAUUCUAUUAAUGUUCUUGGCAUAUACCAAUGUCUUUAUUUCUUUAUUGGAGCUCUAGAGAUGUCUCAACCUGUCAGGAGUUUAAAGGAAAUGCGGUUCAGGCAGAGGCGGGCAGGCACAUUCCAUGAAAGGAGAGAAGCCUUGAUGAAAAUUAUACGAUUUUAAAGGGGUCCUAUUAUGCUUUUUGGAGUUUCCCUGUACCUUUAUUGUGUUGUAUAGGUUUUUGUGUGGAUGUAAAUGGUUUGCUAAGAGGAGUCUCUCCCACACACUCCCCCCCCCUGCCUGAAUCUAAAUAACAAGUUGUUGUUUAACUUGAGGGAGUAUUUCUAAACGUGGGAGCAUUGACUUUUUGGUGUCUCUUCUGGUUGCUAGAAAACUCACUGUGUGAGUCAUCAUCCACGUAGCAAGUAAGGGAAUCAUUAUAUAUCCCAACAAUAUUGAACUGUUCCUUAUAAGAUACCAUUUUGACUGAACUGAAUUUUGUUUUUUUGAUUUAUUAAGAUUUGAGAGCAACAUUUUUAUUUGACUGUAUUUUUGUACAUCUCCAAAAGAAUGUUCACAUUUAGGUUAGGGUACACACGUUUUAAAAGGAUGCAUUUGUAAGGGGAAUAGCAUUGAACCUAAAACAGAACUAUUGUGCGUAUCUCCUGAAAACUCAUAACUAUUGUGGAGCUCUCCUACAGUAAAUACUGGCAGGGAUAGGAGUCAUUUCCUGCUUUAAGAAUGUUCAUAAAGUGUUCUUACUCUGAAGACAGUAGUGGCAAAUAUGCAUCAUUUAUACAUGUUUGUCUGGGACUGGUACACUCAGACAUUCAUAAAUACUGUACAAACCAUAGCCAAGUAUUCAGUCAGUUUUCAAACUUCUGACACAGUUGAACUGAUGAAACACACACACACACAGGCGACUGCAUGCUGUCUUUCACACUGCAAUUGAAGGGAAAUAGAGAGGAUACAUACACUACACCAGUGGUUCUCAACUGGUCAGGCCUCGGGACCCACUUUUUCCUUUGUCAAUAAAUCGCGACCCGAAAUGUGAACCACUCAAAUCUAUU